AUGAACAAUAUGAACUGUCCGCUGGCUGUCCCUCCUGUUCUGCUGGUGAGAAUCUCUACAUGCAGAUGGCAGAUGUGAUGGAGGGCUGGAAGGAGGCUGGCUAUGAGUACGUCUUCAUCGAUGACUGUUGGCCCAGCCACCAACAUGACACCCAGGUACACCUACAGGCAGACCCCAAGCGGUUCCCAGGGGGCAUCAAUAAACUGGCAGACUGUGAAUGUAUAGCCUACAGUGGGGUCAUGCUCAUUAGGGCACACGGUAGCAAAACAUUUUGCAAUGAAAAACUAAAACAACCUUUUUCACUCCGUUUCAGGACAUUUUCUUUGGUUUUGUGCCUACUGAACAUGACCGUUAUUGGGGGACAACUUGUAUUAUCCACAUACACCUGGUGAUGUACUGCUUAUGUUAGAUCUAUCUCCAAUGUAGCCUAGUUCCCUGUGAUUUUCUAUCUCACACUCUGUGUCACUUUCACACAACAAUGUCCUUCCUCAAGUGAUAGCCAACCCUACCCAAUGGGACUGUAAGCUUGUUGUUUACUAAUUACAUCAUUCACAUUGCAAAGAGUGCCACAUAACUAUGAGGAAACAGAAAGUGCAUUUUGCUGUUACCAUGGCGCUAAACCACCAAAGGUUUCAAACCACCAUGAAAAUGGGUUGUAUGCAUUAUGCAACACUCCAUCUACUGGUUUCAAUGUGCUCCUGCAACUGUGUGUAUCCACUUUCUUCAGUGAUGUUGCUUACAGGACAAACCUGUUCUUAAACCUAUCUAUUGUAAAAUAUUGUUAUUUGUGAUAGUGUAUACAGGUCCAUUCCCCCCCUCACACAUACACACACCUGGAUACACCUAGUCAGUCUGUCAAGGAAAGCGCAUAACCUAAUGUUUUGUAUACUCAGUGUAGAUGCUCAGACCUUUGCUGACUGGGGCGUGGAUCUGCUCAAAUUUGAUGUGUGCUACAUGAAUUGUACUUGACUAGGAGAAGGACAGGUCUAUAGUGAUUUAAAUAUAUAUGAAAUGUCAAUACAAAUUUGAAUUCAAUAUCUACUAAAUUGAGGUGGUACUAAUGCUAUGACUUUUGUGUUUUUGUCCAGGUUACAAAAACAUGUCAAUAGCACUGAACAAAACUGGGAGAAGUAUGUGA